AUGGCCUCCUCCACAGAACCCGAGAACCACUCGUCUCCUGAUUCAAGAACCAAAACAAAAGCCGGCGCAGCCAGAAAACUGCGUGUCCCCAAAGCCUGCUACCCUUGCUACAAGAGAAAGGUGAAAUGCGACCGCAACUCGCCUUGCUCACUAUGUGUGAAGAGGGGUUAUGCCCAUCUCUGCACCUUUAAGCAUCCACCGACGGCGAGCAAAGAGAGAUCAGCCAGUCGAGGAACCCGUCAGCAUCAUGAGACCAGCAAUAACAGCAGCAACAGUCAGAGCUGUUGCAGCAAGAAAGAAGACUUCUCCGAGCCAGAAGUUACCGGAAACUUUGUCGUCACUGAUAGCGGAAACGUCCUUAUUGACCCACAAGAAUGGCAAAGUAUACAGGAUAAACUCGCCAUCCUAAGUCAAAGCAUGCACUCGCUACGCUCGCGACUGGAAAUAGCAUCGACACCACCUCCAGCGCCGCCGUCAUCAACAUCGCCAUCCUCAAACCUCUCGUCGCUUGACGGAAGAAACAAUUAUCAGACAUCGCCGAUCACAACGCCAACAUCACCACUUACACCCAUCGACGAGGAGAAAGCCGGCGAAGGGGUGCGCACUCGGAAUGCUCUGGGCGGAUCUCCAGUUCACUGCGGCUCAGAUUCAAUCACCGCUUUUCUACUAGAGAAGCCGCUUCAGCGUGCCAUUUUUGGCGAGGAUAGUGUUUUGUCUCAAUUAGCGCUUGAUAAUCAGUCGGCGACAUACCCGUUCUUGGACCUGUGGUCGUCAAAUAUUACUUCGUACAGUAAUGACUCCGUUUGUGCGGCCCUUCCGGAUGAUGCUGUUUGUCGGAGACUAUUGCGAUCUUACCACGACGUUCGUUUCACAUUAUACCCCGUCGUAACCGACUUUGACGGCUUCCAAAAGAAUGUUCAUACUCUUCUUGAAAACCGAGCCAUGCAGGGUAUGUGCACAAACAACCCAAUGGCUUCUUUGGCGGCGCCGUUCGGUUUCAGCAUCUCGUUCAUAGGAAUUCUUUUUGCUAUACUUGCGUCCGGAUCUCAGGUUUCUGACUUUUCGAGGAAGGAGAGGUCAUCGAUGUGUCAAUUAUACGUAUCGUGUGCAUACCAGUGUCUCCGAAAUGGAAACUUUUUAUCCCAGCCGAGUAUGGAGGCUAUCCAGACCUUGUUGAUCAUCGGAGAUGUUCUUUCAUAUAAUAUGAACCCCGGCAUUGCCUAUGUAACAUUCGGUGUCGCCCAACGCAUGUCAUUGACUCUAGGCCUCCAUGCCGAAUCCUUCCUAUUCAGAGAUCAAACUGCUAAUCGACGGCACGAACUAUGGUGGUCCAUGGCCUGGCAAGACAGCCACUUUGGCCUUUCCUACGACCGCCCUAUCGAGAUUCUCUCGUCCUGCCCUCAGAUCCCACGAGCGGCCGACUCUCGACCCGGAAAUAGAGCCUACUUCGAGACAAUGUGCUCUGUCAUUUCUCUCAUUCUCCAGCUUUUGCGCGAAGAAAUCCUCGAAGGCAACAAGAUCAGCGACCACACCAUCCCCGCCUAUAAGAUCGAGCUAGACAAGAUUCUCGCCGAUGCGGCGCCUCACCUGAGGAGCGAAGAUUACUGUUUCACGCUUAGGGAUCAUAUUCAACGAUUGACUCUCAAGUUGAGAUCUUCUUACCUUGUAUCGGAGAUAUGUCGACGAUCAUUGAAACAAUCCUCCAGCGAAGGGGGCAAAAAGGCCCUGGCACCGCAUCUAUGUCAAGAAUGUAUCGACAGCCUCCUAAGUACCAUCGAAGCCUUCAUUGAAAUUCACCAAAUCAUUCCACAAUGCUCAAGGUCCUGGAUCCAUCUCCACAGCGCCAUCAGCGCCGCUUUUCUGCUCUCAGUGGACGAAGGCGCUCAAACCGAGCCGAGUGUAUGGGCUAUUCUCGAGAAACUAGAAAGCGUCUUGUCCGAUUUGACCUCUGCCGCUGGCCACAACGCUCCCUACAACUCGGAUAAUAAAGUGACUCGUAGUCCCGACUCCAUGGCUCAUGACUGGUCACCGCCUCCGCAGUUUUCGAAUUCGCAGUCCACGAUUAAUCACAACACCCCUGCGCCACCAGCGAUGGGCGAUUUAUUUUCAAUGGAUAACUGGGGCUCUUUCGGGCAGACGUUUAUGCUUUCUGACUUCCCGUUGAGCACGGACUCGAUGAUGAUGGGCGGAGGCGGCUCGAAUAACAGUAAAGGAUUCGGAAUGUCCAAUGAGUUUUCGCAAUCUAUGCCCAUGGCGGCGGAAGAGGACGGUGGCGUGGAGUUUUUGAUGGGCACGUUGAAUAGUCUGAGGAAAAUCAAUGCCGGUUUCAAGGCUCAGAAGGCCGAGGCGAAGAGGAAUGCGGUUUUGGGUGUUGAGAAGAAAGCUGCUGGAGGCGGAUGUUGUAUGAGUCGGAGCAGGGAGGGAACGACAGCGAGAUGUCAUUAA